AUGCUGGUGUAUUAUUCUGCAAGUUCAAAGAAGAGUGGAUCAGCAGUGAGAAGACCUAAGCUAAUGGUUCUUAAACUGGGGACAGCCCACAAAGGUUCAGAUUUGGAAGCCUCAUUGCUGAGCUUUGAAAAGUUGGACAGGGCAUCUCCAGACUUGUGGCCAGAGCAAUUACCAGGUGUUGCUGAAUUUGCAGCUUCUUUUAAAAGUCCCAUCACCAGUUCCCCACCUAAAUGGAUGGCUGAAUUAGAAAAUGAUGAUAUUGAUAUGUUGAGAGAGCUGGGAAGUCUCACUACAGCUAAUCUGAUGGAAAAGGUUAGAGGUUUACAGAACUUGGCAUAUCAGUUGGGACUGGAUGAAUCCAGAGAAAUGACUAGAGGAAAAUUCUUGAACAUCCUGGAGAAACCCAAAAAGUAACUGAAUGUGUACUACACUUUAAAAAAAGCAGCAGCGCCUUGUUAUUUCAGAACUUCUACAAUUGUCCAUAUAAGCUGAAACGAAAGGACCAAACGUACCGAAAUGUUCAUUGUUUCACCUUUCUUUUGAGGGUAACUGUUCUGGACUACUUCAGCAUUGGCCAGCAUCAGUUCUCUUAACCUCCUGGCUGCAGCUGAUCCUGCCCUAUUUACCUUAAUGAAAAGAAAAGGACUCGUUUUCUCAUGGUUGUUGCACACAACUAUAACAAUAUGCAUCUUGUGAUAAUACCCUUGCCCCCCAGAGCAGUACACAACAUGGCACUUCUGUAUGUAUGUCCAUCCCACAUCAUUACAAGACAAGCACUUUAUGGACAAAUGCAUAAUUUGAGAUGAAAACUGACUGGUGUUCUUUAAUAUAGAUAAUCCUAAUUUUAUAAUUGUAGAAGUUAGCAAUUUAUAUUGAUUUUUUUUUAGGUACAAAGGCUGCAGAAAAAAAUAAGGAUUGUAUCAUUCUUGCAUGUUCGUGUAAUUUUAGAUAUAGGAUGGGAUAGGAGGUUACAUUCCAUCAAAUUUCUGUUUGGUUGGUUUUAAGCUACCUAAAUGUGACUGCAGUGGAAGUGUGAAGAAAAAAUUAAAGAAGAUAAUAAGAGGGGGAAGAACACUUAUAUGAAGAAAACAUGUGUCCUGUGCUCAGGAUAAUCAUUUACUCUUUAAUUCAGCUUCAGAUCUCUUAAAAUAUGUCUAAAGGCAAAAUAAAUUAUCUGUCAUAUCAGAAUUUUCCCAAAAGCAAAUAUCUUUUUAGGCUACCCAUUUUGUAUUAUAUUCAUAGCUCUAGGAAAGAUACCUUCAAAUUGGAUUUCUCUUUCGGGUAUACAUAAAAUAAGUUUUGUACAGUAUAUAGAAGUAACAAAUUCUAUAUUGAAAAGCCAUAGUUUCUCAUUGAGUCUCCUUCUCCAGAAAUACUUUUAAAAUAGCUGGCUGGCAAGACACCAAGUCAAAAUAUUUUCCUUGCAUUGGUUUCUCUACAAUAAAGCACUGAGUAGAGUUUCCCUGAACCUGGUACUUAGAUUUGUGAGGUAUGGUGACUUGGAAAUAUUGGAGUUGAAAGUGUCAAAUUAGGGAAAGUUGCGCCACUUACAUUUGGGGAAUUACCAAGCUAAAGUUAAGCACUUUUACAUCCCAUUAAAGUGAUGUUACAGUAUCUCCCCCAUUGUGAAAUAAGCAGAAUUAAGAAAGGCCUAAUUUUGGAUUUGGGCCUGCAAAUGUUUUAAUAAUAAUCUUUUUUCUCUGUGUGAAAAACAAGAAUUUAAUAUUGGGUUGUAUAUCAAAAGUUUGAUUUUUUUAAAAAAAGUUGACAUCCCAACAAAUCUUUGAAGUUUUCAAUGUACAACUGUACACUGUUCAAUUUACUGUAGUGGUGAUGCAACUUUGGAAAUGUAAGAAUGCAAUAUAAACAAGAAAAUAGUAUGCAAUUUAAUACAUACUGUAAAUGAUGGCCAUUUUCGGUGUUCUGGUAGUUUGUAAAUUACAUGAGUAAGAUAUUUCUCAUGUACAGCAAAUCAGCCAUAUUUCGAUUUUAAGUUAUAUAUACUGCAUUUUUCUAGAACAGAGGUUCUAGAUUAGAACAUUUUAAUCACAUACCGUACAUCAAAUGGCAAUUCACAAAGUUUGCUCUGUCAGGACAUUAUAUUUGCAGGCCUGAGUUUCAGAUGCGAAAAUAUUAAAUCCAUGCCAAUGAUGGCAAAACUAUAAAUGAUCAACAGCUAGCAAAAAAAUAUUAAGAGCAGGAAAAAUGUGCUUACUUGCUCAGACAAAAAGUUUGCUUUUCAACAGUAAACUAAUAUUUAUAUUUCUGUUUAAGAAUACUGAAAUUGUUACAUUUUUUGUUUGUGGGUUUUAAUAUAUAGUAACUCAAAGUUGAGCAUUUUGAAAUAUCCUAAUGAUUGAAGGAUGGGGGAGAGGUAGAUUUUAAAUCUCAUAUUAAAAACAAAGUGGUUGACUUCUCCUGUAUUAUAAUCUGUCCAAAAUAUAUUUGGAGCCUUGGUUAUGGACAACUUACAGAUAAGAUCCCUACUGCCAGGAUCUGAUUAGUUAACCCC